AUGGUUUCUUUCACCUCCAUCAUCACUGCUGCUGUUGCGGCCACUGGCGCUCUCGCCGCCCCCGCUACCGACAUCGCUGCCCGCGCUCCCAGCGACCUCGUUGCCCGCCAGAGCACUCCCAACGGCGAGGGAACCCACAACGGCUGCUUCUACUCCUGGUGGUCUGAUGGCGGUGCCCGGGCUACCUACACUAACGGAGCCGGAGGCAGCUACAGCGUAAGCUGGGGAACUGGCGGCAACCUCGUCGGUGGAAAGGGCUGGAACCCAGGAACUGCCCGCACCAUCACCUACUCGGGCCAGUACAACCCCAACGGCAACUCUUACCUCGCCAUCUACGGCUGGACCCGCAACCCGCUCGUCGAGUACUACGUCGUCGAGAACUUUGGCACGUACGACCCGUCGUCGCAGGCGCAGAACAAGGGCACCGUCACCUCGGACGGCUCCUCGUACAAGAUUGCCCAGUCCACCCGCACCAACCAGCCGUCCAUCGACGGCACCAGGACCUUUCAGCAGUACUGGUCUGUUCGUCAGAACAAGCGCUCGUCCGGCUCCGUCAACAUGAAGACGCACUUUGACGCCUGGGCCAGCAAGGGCAUGAACCUCGGUUCUCACUACUACCAGAUUGUCGCUACUGAGGGCUACUUCUCCUCUGGCAGCGCUUCCAUCACUGUCAACUGCCCGUAA